AUGGGCUCCGCCUCCGGCUCCAAGGAGGGGGACGAGUGGGUGCUCAGCCACGGCGACGUGGUGCUCAUCCGCUCCGACCUCGCCAUCCUCCGCGGGCCCCGCUUCAUCAACGACCGCGACCGCAUCAUCGCCUUCUACUUCGUGCACCUCUCCGCCGGCCUCCACAGCGACGAUAUCCUCCUGCUCCCACCCUCCAUCCCCUACCUCCUCUCCAACCUCCCGACCCGGCCUCCGUCGCCGACCUGCUCCGCCUCGCCUCCCGCCGCCUCGUCCUGCUCCCCGUCAACGACAACCCCGACGCCUCCGUCGCCGAGGGCGGCUCCCACUGGACCCUGCUCGUCCUCGACAGCGCCACCAGCCGCUCCGCGCCCCGCUUCGUCCACCACAACAGCCUCCGCGGCGCGCCCAACCUCCCCAUCGCCGCCGGCCUCGCCGAUGCGCUCCGCCCCCCUGCUGCAAUGGGCAGUGGGGCACACGCCGAGGCAGACCAACGGGGACGACUGCGGCGUCUACGUCAUGGCCAUCGCCUGGGCCAUCUGCGCCUGGUGGUGGUGGAACGAAGCCCAGGACCACCGGGGACAGGGAGGGGAUUGGCUCGAGGUGGUGAGGAGGGAGGUGGAUGCCCGCAGCGUCAAGGCCAUGAGCACCGGCCUGCUGCAACUAAUCAACACCCUCAUCCAAGAGAAGGCCAAGCCCAAUUCCAUAUCUGAGGGAGACACUAUCAGAUUGAUAGGCAGUAGCUUAGUUGCUGCUAGUGAUUUCUCAACUCUCAAGUCUGGUACCCCCUGUUGA